AUGUAUGACAAUUCAAUGGAACAUAAUGAAAAUUGGAAAGAUUCGAACAAGCCUAUUGGUAUUUGGACGGAAGACGAAAAAAUUAAAUUAGAUUAUUUAAUUCAAUUCAUCGACGAAUUUAUAUCUUCCCAAGAAUAUGAAGAUUAUAUGGAAAAAAAGAGAAAUAUAAUCAAGAAAAAUGCGGAGACUCAGUACUCCCAGGAUGAUUUUAUUGACCUACCUUCUGAAGAAGUUGAAACAUGUAAGAAAUAUUUUCCACUAACUUCGAAUUCCAAGAAGAUGUACGCGUUUAUAAAAAAAUUCGAAAUUUAUCUUAAAAAUAAAGAACACGAAAACAUAAUGCAGAAACAAAUAAAAGGAAUAGCCAUUAUAAGAGCAAAAAUAGAAGACGUUAAAAAAUUAACAGCUCUUAGCGUUAACGAUAUAAAACGGGCCAGAGAGAAAGAAUUAGAUGAAGAAACAAAAGAUUUUUGUAAAUUAUACAACAUUGAUUUCAAUAAAGUUAGACAAGAGAAUAAAAAAAAUAUUAAAGAGAAAAUAGCGUCACAUUCUAGAAUGUUACGUAUCAGAUAUAUAACCAGAAGAGAAAACAUAGCAAAUAUUGCUAGAACAAUUUUAGAAGAAAUGAGAAGAAACAAGAAGAUAUUAGAAAGAUUGAAUAAAACUUAUGAUUAUAAAGUUACCAAAAAUGAAUGGAUAAUUGAAGACAUGGUGGUUGUAGGUACAGCCAUGUCUCUUCAUAAACAGGAAACUGAAAGUAACAUCGUCGAGGAACCUAGUCCAGUGGUAGUUGUUGAAGACAAUGAAAUAGCAUCUCCAAAAAAAGAAAAACGCGAUAAAGGUAAGAAGAAAACUAAGAAAGAAGCUAAAGCAGAUAAAGUAGAAAAAAAAGUAGAUAAAAAAGUAGAUAAAAAAGAUAAAAAAAAUAAAAAAGUCAAAAAGAAGGAAAAAGAUGAGAAGAAGAAGAAAGGAUUGAAAGAAAAAAAAAGUAAGAAAAGUAAAAAAGGUCAACCAGACGACGCGAUACCCAUAGAACUCACAUUGUCACAAGAGCAACAAAUAGCUGAAUUGAACGAACAGUUUGAAAAAUUCGACGAAAUGAUGGAAAAUCAGCAUAUGGCUAAGCAAUCUCCCGAAGAAAAUUAUCCUAUAGAUCGAAAUUUUUCGUGUCAUCCCCAAACUCUAUUAUACAACAACUACGAUAUCGGAAAAGUCUACAAAAGAUAUUUCAAAAUACGCAAUAAUAGUUUCAUGCCAAGGAAAUUUAGAUUCUUAAAGAUGAUCACUGCUAACGAAUACGACGCGCUGUUAUUUGAAUUGAAGCCGUUGAUUGGAAUUCAAAAGCUUGUAGGUGGAGCAUCGAUAUCCAUGCUCCUCACAUUUACGCCAACCUAUAAAUAUGAAGAAAUCGACGCGGAACUCAUAUUUCUCUCAUUUGAUGACAGGACACAAAGUUAUCAGAAAUUUUGCGUCUGCGUACAAUGUAUUCUGAAACGUGCUAACCUACAAAUAAGUUCUGAUCACAUUUAUUUCGGAAAAAUUCCUUUUUGGCAAACCAGUAGAUGUAUGAAACGUCUAACUUUUUCAAAUAUCGGUGGAGAACCGUGUGAUAUUUAUAUAAAGAAAAUAAAAGAUACUUUUGACGUUGAAGACGAAGCAAUAACAAAUGUAUCUAAUAAUGAUAGUACUUUAGAAUUGAACGAUGACUUAGAAAAUCAAGAUGUUAUACGGAAUGUCACAUCUGAAAUUAUCGAAAACGUUCUAGGAAAUUUUCAUUUUACGUGUACUUAUAUUAAAUUGGAUUCGUUCGAAACUAAGGCCAUCAGUAUUUUUCUGAAAAACAUGGAUUAUUAUGGGAGUUACAUCGAGAAACAUCUAGUUGAAGCUUACGAUGAAAAUAACAAGAACUUUGCAAACUUCGAAGUGGUGACUGAAGCUUAUAUAACAGGUCCUUUCAUAAGUGUAUUCCCGGAAGUUCUUGAUUACGAGAUUUGUUCUAUAAAUUCCGUAUACCAGUUACCAAUGGAUAUUAAAAAUUCUUCUUCAACAACUCAAGCGGUUGCUAUAAAAGUUCCUUUUUCGAUAAAGGAUUACGUGAAACCUGAUGUUAUUAACAUAUAUCUACCUCCUAUGGCUACUAGAACUGUCAUAAUAAGACUUGUAUUAGGGAAAAAUAUAAUGAAUACUAUUUAUUUUGAUAAGGAAUUAUCUUUAUUGAAAUUAAAUAUUCAAGUAUGUAUUUUAACAAAAAAUUAUAAUGAAAUACCUCCAGUUAUAGCAACAGUUUAUGCCGUAAUUACUGUAUCAAAUAUAUUAAGUAUAAAUCCAGUCGAUAACACUUUCGUUAACUACAUGUCAAAUUGCUUGAUAUUAGAUGUUGGGAAAUGUACAAUUUUCGAAUCUGUAUAUACUGAUAUUGAAGUGAAAAAUAAUAGUUUGAUCCCGCAAAUAUACGGAUUUAUGGAUGUACCACAUUGGAUUACAAUAGAACCUAAUUACGGUUUCACAGAAAUUACUCCGGGAAGUAAACAAACUUAUAGGGUUUUUGUUCAUCCUGAUUAUCAAGAUUUAUUAAAAAAUUUCGAUAAAAAGAAGACUAAAGAUCGUUGUUUAACUUCUGUUAUUCGUAUAGAAACUGUAAAUAAUACUAGAGCUCCAAAUACGUUUUUUGAUACCAAAAAACUACGUAAAUCGAUACAAUUUGUAUUAAAAGAAAUGAACAACUCUAUAGAUGAUGUAUUAAAAGAAGAUAUUUCUGAUUGUAUGAGAUUAAUAAAGCAAACUUAUUUCAACAACGAAGAAAGUAUUAUAUUAAACCCCGAAGGGAUGACUGAAAUAUCAAUGUAUAACGAUAACGAAGAAGAAAAUGAUUCAUAUGAGGAAGAAGAUAAUUGUAAUAUAACACAAUUAAUGAUUAAAGUAGAAGUUAUGAAACCGUUAGUGGAAGUUAGUUUCCAACAUAUCGAACUUCCAGAUACACCAUGCGGUUCCUAUUCGGUUAUUUCCUUCGAUAUUAGAGCAUUGCGUUUCGAAUUUAACCAAGAAUGUGAAUUAUUUAGAAAAAAAGACAUGAAAUUACAAAAAUACGAAGCAUGGUUCAAAAUAACAGGCGAUAAUAAAGAGAUACGGGUCGAACCUUCCUGUGGAAUAUUAAAAAAUGGAGAAACCAUGAAGAUAUUCCUCAUUGCAACUCCUAAUAUCCCUGAAUACAUAGUUCAAGAAACUGCUAGGUCAAUUAAAUAUUCGGAAAUAUACGAAAUGAAGAUGAAGGAAAUAGAAUCGAACAAACAUAAGAAGAUGCGAAAGAAUGAUAAAAAGAAAACAAAGAAAGGUGGAAAAACGAAGCCGAAGAAAAGCGGUAAAGAUAAAAAAGGCAAGAAAGUCGAUAAAAAGAAAACUAAGAAAGCAGCUUCGUCGACUGUGGAAGAAAAGAAAGAAGAAGAAGUCGAACCUGAAAUCAUUAUUUCGGAUUCCGAAAUUAACGUAACGUACGAAGAUUAUUUCCCAUCGGAAAUGUGUUAUUGGAGAUCAAUGAAACCCUAUACUAUUUCAUCGGAAUUAACGUGCGUAGUAACCUACAAUAGUGAUUUUUUUGUUCGUCCAAAGGAAUUGAUAAACAUGAACGUGUAUUGUCGCGUCGUUAGACCGGAUUUUAUAUCGAAUUUAAAACUACAGAGGGUCGAUUUUGGUAAUGUUGCGGUAGGAAUGAGCGACAAUAAAAACGUCAUUAUACAAAAUAUCAAAUACGAUACGAUCGAAAUAAAAACAAACUUAUUGAACCCCGUCGGGCCUUUUAGCGUCUCGUAUAUAAAAAAUCCCAAAAUACCUGGCGAGUGUUAUAUGAAUUUACCUUUAAAAUUCUCGCCGAAAUCUAAUGAAUUCUUCGAAGAAUAUAUUGAAAUCACUUCCGGAACUACGGUCCUGCCGUUGAUACUACAAGGCGUUGGUGUGGAUACCAAAGUCACAUUUUCACCAGAUUUCCUCGUAUGUAGACUCAAUAAAGCCACAACAAGAACCAUCGAGGAAUAUUUGUUGAAGAUACAAAAUUUGAGCGAAGCACCGGUAACGUUUGUUUUUGAGAAAGUUUUCGAAAUUGAAGGGAUUGUUAAGUCUGUGCCUGUUGUAAAAAAAGAACAGAAGAAAAAAAAGAAUGAUACGAAAGGUGAUGGAGAUAAGGCUAGUAGAAAAUCUAAAGGUAGUAAAAAGUCGAAGGAAAGUAAUGGUUCAAAAGUGAAAGGCGCUAAAAAGUUUUCCGACGAUUUAUCGCCGUCAGAAAUUAAUUCUAUACCAACGUUCGAACCGACGAAAAAUACUACAUAUUUUGAUAUUUUAAACGUAGAAAAAAACUCAUUAACUUUACAAAAAAAUGCAACGGGAAUAGUCAAAUUCGGUUUUGGUACGAAAGCUAUUCUAGAUGAAACGAAAAUGCAGUUAAAGGAAAAGAAAAAGAAAGAAAAAACAAAAAAAGCCAAAUCCCCGAGGGUUGAUAAAGGAUCUGAAAAAAACAUCGAUGUUCAAGAUAAAAAAAUGACACAUAUAACAAAAUAUAACAUUUUAUUAGGGGCAAAUAUUUAUAAAGAAAUUAUUUUAAUUGGUAAUUUAUCGCAAGCAAGAAAGGAUUCAAUUGCAUCGCAGUAUACAUUGUACUCUAAUAUAUUCAUACAUAGAUACAUUUCAGAGAUGUAUAAUAUUACCAAAAAUGUGUCUUCUGAUUUCAGUCAAGUUGAUAUCGGGCCGAUGAUAGGACUAAUAGAAAAAGUUGUGAUAAUGUCGGCGAGAUUUAAAGCUUUCCAAAAACUUAAGAAGCUUGAUGAAACUUGGAAAAUUAUCGUAAACGGUCAAGAAGAUAAACCAAUUUCGCUCAUUAUCAAAGGUUUGGUAGAUGUUCCAUCUAUAGAAAUAGGAAAUAAAAAUGAAAUAUGUUUGCCUACCGCGCAAAUCGACACAGUCGUUACUGGAAAUUUCAACCUUAAAAAUACUUGUCAUUUCAAUCUCUCUUUCACCUUUUAUCCAAAUAAUCAUAAAUUCAUAUCGAUGAUACCUAAAACAGGAGACGUUCUUAUUGGAGAAGAAGUAUCUGUAACAGUUGUUUACCAUGCGGAAGUAUGCGCUCCAAAAGUUAUUGAAAUGUAUUGCAAAUUACACGUGAAACAAAAAUUAGAUGCAAUUGUUGGAACUGAUUACGACCACUAUUUCACUGUAAAUUGCGAAAAAGCCUUUUCUCAAUUAUGUGCAACUCAAAUAUCGGAAGAAUUCAACGUUGUGGAAUAUGGUAGCGUUAUUCAAACCGAUUUCUCUCUGUUUAAUUUUGGUUUAUCAACAGUCAGUUUCGUUCUGCAUAUAGUCCGACCUAUGUAUAAUCAAGAUGAAAUUAAGCUGACUCCCAAAUCGGGAAAUAUUGAUCCUGGUCGCCAGAUGCAGGUAAACACUAUCAAUUGUGUGCUUUUUGAUGCUGAUAGCGUAAAAUUCAUUGGGCAACUCGGACUACAUAAAUUUUUAAGCACCGAUGGCUUCUUCCAGUAG